AUGCCUGCCCGCUGGAGAUGCUGCAAAUGCGACAAUGGCCCAAUGACUGUUAAGCAAGGGGAGAAUGUUUGCACGUGGAGCGAAUGUCAGCAUGUCAAAUGCAAUGGGUGCGACGAAAAGAUGAUGUCCGUUCCAUUAGGCCCAUUCAGCGGUCCCCCUCUUCUUCCAGAACUUGGAGGAGGGCGACGGAUUUUAGGAGAAGGAUGGACAAGGGGCUUCUAUGCCACGCACAAGCUUGGUUCAUGUGAGGGGUCAGACGAGGGAGACUGCAGUGAGGGAGAGUGUAGUGAGAGUGAAGGAGAGUGGUGCUCAUGA